UAAUUCAUUAUUCUCUGUAAACUCCACGAGAGCGGAGACUGCUUGUCUUCUUCAUCGGUAGAUCCCCCAUGCCUACUGGCGCUAGUAGUUGCCCUAAAUUCACUUAUCAAAGGCAGAAAGAAUAACUGGGACUCUUCUCUCUUGCUUUUCACGAUUUCCAGCAGGGCACAAAGGCCUACAGUCCCGACCUGAAAAAAACAGACUUGACUGGAGGCAGCGCCUCUUCUUCCAAAUACAGCUCGGGCUGCCGCAGAUUAGCACAACCGCCUAAGCGGCGGAACGCUGGAGAGUGCGGAACCUGGCAUCCUAGGAAACUGAAGGCAACGGAACCUGGGGGCGAUGGAAUCCGGGAGCGGUGGAACCCGGAGCCUGUAGAACUUGAAUCCAGCGGAACCUGACAGCGGCGCCCAGGGGGCCACCCGGACUCUGUUUGGAACGGAAGCACAGUGUCCGUCGUUUCCUGGUUGCGGGUCAGCGCCGAGGUCCUGGGCUGGCAGCCGGGAUGUUGCCCUACACAGUGAACUUCAAGGUGUCGGCGCGCACCCUCACGGGGGCCCUCAACGCCCACAACAAGGCGGCGGUGGACUGGGGCUGGCAAGGUUUAAUUGCUUAUGGAUGUCAUUCACUUGUGGUAGUGAUUGAUUCCAUUACUGCCCAAACUCUUCAAGUUUUAGAAAAGCAUAAAGCUGAUGUUGUCAAGGUUAAAUGGGCCAGGGAAAACUAUCACCAUAACAUUGGCUCACCAUAUUGCUUGCGCUUAGCUUCUGCUGAUGUCAAUGGGAAGAUCAUCGUCUGGGAUGUAGCAGCAGGAGUAGCUCAGUGUGAGAUCCAAGAGCAUGCCAAGCCCAUCCAGGAUGUUCAGUGGUUGUGGAAUCAAGAUGCUUCCCGUGAUUUACUGCUUGCUAUCCACCCACCAAAUUACAUUGUGCUCUGGAAUGCAGACACUGGCACCAAACUAUGGAAGAAGAGCUACGCAGAUAACAUUCUUUCUUUUUCUUUUGACCCUUUUGAUCCCUCACAUUUAACUUUGCUCACCAGCGAGGGCAUUGUUUUCAUCUCAGACUUCUCCCCAUCCAAGCCUCCCUCAGGCCCUGGGAAAAAAGUUUACAUAUCCAGCCCACACUCUAGCCCAGCUCACAACAAGCUGGCCACAGCCACAGGUGCCAAGAAAGCUCUAAAUAAAGUAAAAAUUUUAAUCACUCAAGAGAAACCUAGGUAAGUUACAAUGGCUGAAUUCAUAACUCUCAAUGAUUGUCUUCAGUUGGCAUACCUGCCUUCAAAAAGGAAUCACAUGUUGUUUCUCUAUCCUCGCGAGAGAUUUUAAUCCUUGACCUUGAGGGUGAAUCAGACAGUGGGUGUGAUUGCAAAUAGAAGCACAGGAGUUCGUUUCGUUUUUUACAGAUGUGGCUACUUUCUCAUAUUUAAAACAAUUUUCUGUGAAGAUCCAGAUCCAGUUCAGGAGCUUACCUAUGAUUUACGAAGCCAGUGUGAUGCAAUCAGGGUGACAAAAACCGUCCGUCCCUUCAGUAUGGUAUGCUGUCCUGUCAAUGAGAAUGCAGCCGCCCUCGUAGUGAGUGAUGGCAGGGUCAUGAUAUGGGAACUCAAGUCUGCAGUUUGUAAUCGAAAUAUGCGGAACAGUAGUUCUGGUGUGUCACCUUUAUAUUCACCAGUGUCUUUCUGUGGAAUUCCUGUAGGAGUGCUACAGAACAAACUCCCAGAUCUUUCCUUAGAUAACAUGAUUGGGCAAAGUGCAAUUGCUGGGGAAGAACAUCCCAGAGGUUCAAUUCUGCGGGAAGUGCACCUCAAGUUCUUGCUGACGGGACUGCUCUCAGGACUGCCUGCACCACAGUUUGCUAUCCGUAUGUGUCCACCGUUGACCACAAAAAACAUCAAGAUGUAUCAGCCACUGCUGGCUGUUGGUACAAGUAACGGUCUGUCCUGUUACCAUCUCACCAGUGGUCUGCUACACAAGGAGUUAAGCAUCCACUCAUGUAAGGGUAUUGAAUGGACAAGUUUGACUAGUUUUCUUUCUUUUGCUACCUCAACACCAAACAAUAUGGGAUUAGUGAGAAAUGAGCUUCAACUGGUUGAUCUUCCAACAGGUAGGAGCAUUGCUUUUCGCGGUGAAAGAGGCAAUGAUGAAUCUCCCAUCGAAAUGAUUAAAGUAUCUCAUUUGAAGCAGUAUUUGGCAGUUGUAUUCAAAGAUAAACCCCUGGAGCUAUGGGAUGUUAGGACUUGUACCCUUCUUAGAGAAAUGUCCAAAAACUUCCCUGCAAUAACUGCUUUGGAAUGGUCACCAUCUCACAACUUGAAGAGCCUGAGAAAGAAGCAACUUGCUACUCGAGAGGCCAUGGCCCGCCAGACUGUGGUCUCAGACACAGAGCUGAGUAUUGUUGAAUCAUCUGUGAUCAGCUUGCUGCAGGAGGCAGAAAGUAAAUCUGAACUUAGUCAGAACAUCUCUGCCCGGGAACAUUUUGUAUUUACGGAUAAUGAUGGCCAAGUUUAUCAUCUCACUGUUGAAGGAAACUCAGUAAAAGAUAGUGCUCGGAUUCCACCAGAUGGAAGUAUGGGUAGUAUUACCUGCAUCGCUUGGAAAGGUGAUACAUUAGUGCUUGGAGAUAUGGAUGGAAAUUUAAAUUUCUGGGACUUGAAAGGCAGAGUAUCCAGAGGAAUACCUACACACCGAAGUUGGGUGAGGAAGAUUCGUUUUGCUCCUGGUAAAGGAAAUCAAAAAUUAAUAGCAAUGUACAAUGAUGGAGCUGAAGUGUGGGAUACCAAAGAGGUUCAGAUGGUGAGCAGUUUAAGAAGUGGCAGAAAUGUGACCUUUCGUAUAUUGGAUGUGGACUGGUGUACGUCAGAUAAAGUGAUCUUGGCUUCAGAUGAUGGGUGCAUCAGAGUCCUAGAGAUGUCUAUGAAGUCUGCGUGCUUUCGAAUGGAUGAACAGGAGUUAACCGAGCCUGUGUGGUGCCCCUAUCUGCUUGUUCCAAGGGCCUCCCUUGCCUUGAAAGCCUUCUUAUUACACCAGCCUUGGAAUGGACAGUAUUCUUUGGACAUUUCUCAUGUUGACUAUCCAGAAAAUGAAGAAAUAAAGAAUCUCCUCCAAGAGCAGUUGAAUUCAUUGUCUAAUGAGAUAAAGAAACUGUUGCUUGAUCCAGAAUUCACUCUCUUGCAGAGGUGCCUGCUUGUUUCAAGGCUCUAUGGUGACGAAUCGGAGCUGCACUUCUGGACUGUUGCUGCCCACUAUCUGCACAGCUUAUCCCAGGAAAAGUCAGCCAGCACAACAGCUCCUAAAGAAGCUGCUCCUCAAGACAAACUAAGCAACCCACUGGAUAUAUGCUAUGAUGUGCUCUGCGAAAAUGCCUACUUUCAGAAAUUUCAGCUAGAAAGGGUUAAUCUACAGGAAGUGAAACGGUCAACUUAUGAUCAUACAAGGAAAUGUACAGACCAGCUCCUACUCUUGGGUCAAACAGACAGAGCUGUGCAGUUGCUGUUGGAAACAAGUGCAGAUAACCAGCAUUAUUACUGUGAUUCACUGAAAGCCUGUUUAGUCACUACUGUCACCUCAUCAGGCCCCUCUCAGAGCACCAUUAAGUUGGUGGCGACGAAUAUGAUUGCCAAUGGCAAACUGGCAGAGGGCGUUCAGUUGCUCUGUCUGAUAGACAAGGCUGCAGAUGCCUGUCGCUACCUGCAGACAUACGGCGAGUGGAAUCGGGCUGCAUGGCUGGCGAAAGUCCGUUUGAAUCCUGAGGAGUGUGCCGAUGUUUUAAAGCGGUGGGUUGACCACCUUUGUUCUCCACAAGUCAAUCAGAAAUCAAAGGCUCUCCUGGUCCUCCUCUCUCUGGGCUGCUUUUUCAGCGUGGCAGAGACGCUUCACAGCAUGCGAUACUUUGAUAGAGCGGCCUUAUUUGUGGAAGCUUGCCUCAAGUAUGGAGCAUUUGAAGUCACUGAGGACACAGAGAAACUUAUCACUGCUGUAUAUGCAGAUUAUGCCAGGAGUUUGAAGAACCUCGGUUUUAAGCAGGGAGCAGUUCUCUUUGCUUCAAAAGCUGGAGCAGCUGGCAAAGACUUACUAAAUGAGCUUGAGUCCUCCAAGGAAGAACGCAUCGAAGAGUGACAGCUUAAUAAAUUCCAGGGAAUCUGACCUGGAAGGCAGAUGGGAGGGGGCUGGUCUGACUGUGGUCACCGCCACAGUCCAGGAUGAAGAGGAGUACAGGGUCCUGUGAGCUGUUCGACCACUGUUCUAAGGCUAUGUGUGCCCAAAAGCACAUGAGCGUCUAUGUUGGGAGUAAGUUUGUAUCCUGUGUUGAUCUCAGAAAGAAUAUGAAUGCUUAAGAUUUUGAAAGUAUAUAAUAUUUUAUACUUUUGGAGAGAGCUUUAAGAGUCCCUGGAAAUACUUUUUAAUUUUUUUAACUUAAAAUUCAAGAGACUGAAUCACUUUUCUCAUUGAUUAAAUGUAAACAUGAUUGAGAAACCUAUAGUAAAUUAAAUUUGUGAGAUAUUUUCUCAAAUAUAUGCUGCACCUGUACUUAUAUACAGUCUUUCAAGAUACAAACAGGACAGAAAUAUUUAAACUAGUAUUAAAGAUAGCUUACCAAAGCAUUUUUGUUUUCUUACCUUGAAAACACAGAACUGUUAAUUCCUUGGUUUAAGCAGUCACUAAGUUUUGUAACUUCAGGCUCAGAGGCUAUAGGAGGUUUUAAGAUUUAUGUUUAGUUCGGUAGGUGAGGUCUUUGAUAUUUUGAAUUUUAACUCCUUUUAUGAUACAUCACAGUAACCUCAUUUUUGAAGUAUUUGUACUUUAAUGUUCUCUCUGUUCUGAUAGUUGAAGUAUGAGAUGUAACUGUUAUAAAUUAUUGCUGAAAACGUAAAUGUCUGUAACUUACAAACAUGAUAAAUAAAUAAAAACUUCCCUCCAGG